CUGUCAAGCCAGGGUGAAAGAUCAGUGGCCAGGCAGAGGUCUGCGGAGCGAGAGGCGAGGCCUUGCCCUGGAACUCCAAGAUGGGCCUCCGAAAAGAGUGUUUACAUCAAAGAGGAUGUUCUGGCCAAGCCAAUGAGGUGAGCACCAACCACUCGGCUCGCCAACCGGAAACGCGAACACUCCGCGGCCCACUCCGGCCAAGAAUGGCGCCACCUCGCGGGCACUGCCUCCUCCUGAUCUGUGCGCUGGGCGUCUCCGCGGUAGGUCAGAGGAAUAGCACGCUCAUCUUCACAAAGGAAAACACCAUUCGGAACUGCAGCUGCUCUGCUGACAUCCGGGACUGUGACUACAGUUUGGCCAACCUGAUGUGCCGCUGUAAAACCGUCCUGCCCUUCGCCGUUGAACAAACCAGCUACAGCGGCCAUCUGACCAUCUGGUUCACAGACACGUCUGUGCUGGGCCGCCUGUUGAACUUCACAUUGGUCCGGGACCUGAAGCUUUCCCUGUGCAGCACCAACACUCUCCCCACUGAAUACCUGGCCAUCUGUGGUCUGAAGAGGCUUCGUAUUAACACGGAGGCCAAGCUGCCCUUCCCAGAGCAGAGCUUACUCGUCCACACUGCUGCAGACAGUGACUCCAAACUCCAGCCCAUAUCAUUAGGCAAAGGCUGGCAAACAUGCACGUAUGUCACAUUCUUAGAUAUGGCUCUUUUCAACAGGGACUCAUCCUUAAGAUCAUACAGUAUUGAAAACGUGGCCAGCAUUGCCAACAACUUUCCUGACUUUUCUUACUUUAAAACGUCCCCAAUGCCAAGCAACCAAAGUUAUGUUGUUACAUUUAUUUACUAACAUUGUAACUAUAUUCAGCUGGGGAAGAACUUUGGCAAACCACCCAUAAUUUGAACGAGGGAUGUGGAAAUAAGGUCAUGAGCUAGGUGUCCCCACACAGAGCCACAUCUUUCUUCCUAACUGUGAUUGGCAACAGAGGUACAUACACAAAUAAACCUCUCUCUGCUCUGUGCUCAACGUGUGAGCCCUUUUGAAAAACAAAUUUUAAAGAAACUGAAAUACCCAACUUGAUUCAGUCCAGAGAUAUGUCUUGUGAGCCAGCUAGAAGCUAGGUCUCUGCAGAGAAAAUUCAUAGAAGAAAUAGAGAAAGUGGCUCAUGCGUGUAAUCCUAGCACUCUGGGAGGCUGAUGCGCGUGGAUCGCUUGAGCUCAGGAGUUUAAGAUCAGCCUGAGCAAGAGCGAGACCCCGACUCUACUAAACAUAGAAGAAAGAGCUGGGCAUCGCAGUGGGUGCCUGUGGUCCCAGCUACUCGGGAAGCUGGGGCAGAAGGAUCACUUGAGGCCAAGAGUUGGAAGUUGCUGUGAGCUUUGAUCACACCACUGCACUCCCGCCGGGGCGACAGAGGGAGACCCUUUCAAGGAAGGAAAACAGAGAGGCCAGGCACAGUGGGUCAUGCCUGAAAUCCUAGCAUUCUGGGAGGCCAAAGUGGGAGGAUCACUUGAGCUCAGGAGUUCAAGACCAGCCUGAGCAAGAGUAAGACCCCAUCUUUAUUAAAAAUAGAAAAAUUAGCCAGGCAUUAGCCAGGCACCAGCUAUGUGGAAGGCUGAGGCAGGAGGAUCACUUGAACCCAGGAGGUUGAGCUUGCUGUGGGCUAGGCUGAUGCCAUGGCACUCUAGCCUGGGGCAACAGAGUGAGACUCUGUCUCAGAAAAUAAUUAAUUAAUUAAUUAAAAAAAAAGAAACUUGAAAAAUACAAUAAAAAAAUUAUAUGUAGCUCAAAAUUUUACUUAGAGCAAGGCCUAACCCCAGGGAAAGUCCUUCUCUUGUAGCACUUCACUUUCCUCCCCUCCCCCCACCUCGCACUCCACCCCACGCCGCUUUCUUUGAGUCUUUUACCUUUGUCCCCACUCCACCACUCACCCUAUUUCUUCUCUCACUUUCUUCUUCCCUCUCUUUCUCCUUCUUGUCAUGCUCCAGAAAUCAGAACUUAGAUGAAGACCCUUAGAACCCGUUUCCCUCCAUUAGGGGCUAGCCUGCAAAUCUAGUGACCACUUAUAACAUUAUUCCUAUGAGUAAAAAUGCUCCAACUACAAAUAGGUAAUUAAAAGAACUUUUAGGGCUCACUCCAUGUGGAAGUUUAAGACUAGAAAGUUAAGGUACUUCAGACCACAUUGUUAACACAAAAUGGUUUUAUAUGUAUUGAUAAAAAGAACUGAAUCAACGUAUUUUUAAAUUAAAUCAUUUCAUUUACUUUGUACGAUCAUUAUUGUACAAAGAAAAUUUUCCCUUAUACAGACCCAACUUACCAUUAAAGUGGAAUCUAAAGAUUCAUGGCAAUUGUGGUACCAAUGUCUAAAGUUAGAAUGCAAUGAAGUUGAAACAUGAGUGCAUUCAUGAUACUAUAAUGAUAAGAAAUAGAUUAAUUAGAAAAUAACAGCAUGUCCUGGAGUUAAUGACUUAAGAUCACAUUUGUCACAUUGUUUUCCCCUUACCCUUAACUAUGGUAACUUAAAUAACCUGAAAUUUUCUCUACAUUUGCUUAAUUGGUGGGGGAUUUGGCCAUUCAGGCUAAUUAGCUGGGUCCAUAAUAUCAGUGUUUAAAUUAGGCCAAAGAGAAGACCAAAGUAUCAAUUUCAAUAGAAAAAUAUAAUGACUUCAUUACUGACAUUAUACUUCAGAGAUAACAUUAAAAUGAUAGAAAAAGAGAAAGAAGGUGAAAAAGAGGAAGAGAAAGUAAGGCAAGAAAGAUGUAAGUGAAAAGAUAGCAAUGUAUUUAUUGUCAUUGGUUGCUGACAAUGUAACAAAUUGAAUUUUACCAUUAAAAUCCAUUUUUAUUAAUGAAGUAGAAAAUUAAAUGCUAGGAAUUAUAUACAUGCUAUAAAUCUCUCCCAUCUGGUAGCUUUUCAUAGUUUCAAAGCCCUUUCUCAUAUUUCUUUUGUAGAGACUGGGUCUCCUUAUGUUGCCCAGGCUGCUUUUGAACUCCUGCCCUCGAAUGAUUCUCCUACCUUGAGCUUCCAAAGUGCUGGGAUUAUAAGCAUGAGCCCCAUGUUCACCCUUAAGUGAUUCUUUUGAAAAAUAAUUGUGAGUCAGUGGGACUUAAACCAAUAGAGAAAGGAAAGCUAAAUUUAGUUAUAAAUCAAGCCUGAGGUUUUCAGAUUUCUGGACUGAAAAUGUGGUUCAGGUGGUGCUAUUGUGGGAUAAAUAAAGGGCAGAGAAAAUCCCCAUCACGCAGAGAUAGAUGGCAUUUGGCACUCAGCCACAGGGUUGGGGGAACUAGGGAAGAGAGGGGACAGUGGCAAAGUAAGGGUGCACACUCCACCUGAAGGUCCAUGGUGGCUCAGCUCCAGCUGAGUGUUGCCUCAGAAGAACAGGAUGGGGCCAGAUCUGACUCCUCAGGAAAAUUAAGAAUUCCAGGUUUCUGGCUCGGGGCCUGUAGCUCAAGGGCUAGAGUACCAGCCACAUUCGAACCUGGAGCUAGCGGGUUCAAAUCCAGCUCAGGCCUCCAAACACCAAUGACAACUACAACCAAAAAAUAGCCCGGCAUUGUGGCGGGCACCUGUAGUCCCAGCUACUUGGGAGGCGGAGGCAGGAGAAUUGCUUAAGCCCAAGAGUUUGAGGUUGCUGUGAGCUGUGAUGCCAUGGCACUGUACUGAGGGUGACAUAGUGAGAAUCUGUCUCAAAAAAAAAAGAA